GAUUCAAAAUGACCAACGAAGAACCUCUUCCCAAAAAGGUUCGACUGAGUGAAACAGACUUCAAAGUUAUGGCACGAGAUGAGUUAAUUCUAAGAUGGAAACAAUAUGAAGCAUAUGUUCAAGCUUUGGAGGGCAAGUACACAGAUCUUAACUCAAAUGAUGUAACUGGCUUAAGGGAGUCGGAAGAAAAGCUAAAGCAACAACAGCAAGAGUCUGCACGCAGGGAAAACAUCCUCGUAAUGCGACUAGCAACUAAGGAACAAGAGAUGCAAGAGUGUACUACUCAAAUCCAGUACCUCAAGCAAGUCCAGCAGCCGAGUGUUGCCCAACUGAGAUCAACAAUGGUAGACCCAGCGAUCAACUUGUUUUUCCUAAAAAUGAAAGGUGAACUGGAACAGACUAAAGACAAACUGGAACAAGCUCAAAAUGAACUGAGUGCCUGGAAGUUUACGCCUGAUAGCCAAACAGGCAAAAAGUUAAUGGCGAAGUGUCGAAUGCUUAUCCAGGAGAACCAGGAGCUUGGAAGGCAGCUGUCCCAGGGCCGUAUUGCACAGCUUGAAGCAGAGUUGGCUUUACAGAAGAAAUAUAGUGAGGAGCUUAAGAGCAGUCAGGAUGAACUGAAUGACUUCAUCAUUCAACUUGACGAAGAAGUAGAGGGCAUGCAGAGCACCAUUUUGGUCCUUCAGCAGCAACUGAAGGAGACUCGCCAGCAGUUGGCUCAGUACCAGCAGCAGCAGUCUCAAGGCUCCGCCCCAGGCACCAGCAGGACUACAUCUUCGGAACCUGUGGAACAGGCGGAGGCCACAAAUAAAGACUGCAGUCGUCUGGCAAAUGGACCGAGUAAUGGCAGCUCCUCCCGUCAGAGGACGUCUGGGUCUGGAUUUCACAGGGAGGGGAGCACACCUGAGGAUGACUUUUCUUCUUCUCCAGGGAGUGGGAAUAAGGCCUCCGACAGCUCAGAGGAGAGAACUGGCAGAGGAGGUAGUAGUUAUAUGAACCAGCUCAGUGUGGGGUAUGAAAGUGUAGACUCUCCCACGGGCAGUGAGAACUCUCUCACACACCAUUCAAAUGACACAGACUCCAGUCAUGAUCCUCAAGAGGAGAAAGCAGUGAGUGGGAAAGGUAACCGAACUGUGGGUUCCCGCCAUGUCCAGAAUGGCUUGGACUCAAGUGUAAAUGUACAGGGUUCCGUUUUGUAACAUUUUUCCAGCAAAUUUUUAUACAGUGUCAUUUAAUUUGGGAGAAGAUACUGUCCAGAAAAUUAAUGCAUACUUUUGUCAUAACUUGCCUUUUUGUGGGUGUGUAUUUUUGUUUUGAUUUUUUUUGUGUGUGGUUUUUUUUGUUGGUUUUGGGGGGGGUUCAAUACCUCUACCACAUUGGAAAUUGUAUUCGUUAAUUUCUUUGUUGCUAAAAGGACAUUUUGUGUAGGGUCAAGUUAUUUUUAUAUGCAUUAAUGUGAAGUUGUAAAUGGAAAUCUUUCCUUAAAGUAUAACACAAUGAUGUCUGUAUAAAUCUGUGUCUAUCUAAAACCUGUGCUGUGUAAGGGCAUUCUUACUUACGCUGUUAUAUUCUUCUGCACCAUUUGGAUUUGUUAGAGUAGAUGUGGGUUUAUGACUGCCAAGUUUGCCCAGUACAGUAGUUUUUAUCACUAAAAGUUAGGCUUGUUGAUGGAGUCCUAUAGUAAUUUCCAUGUUAGAUAGUUUUCCCCACCACACAUCUGUGCAUUUUCUCUUAGGUGACUGAAUGUUUAAGAAACGUGUGUGCAUAGUUACUCAGUUUUUAUGAACUGUCUUAUCCUGUUAAUGCAUAUUGCUCUGUGACUCCAGUAUAUCUUACCUGUACUGACCAAACCUGAAUAAAGAUUUUUAUUGUAACUUCA